AUCACGUAAUGCGGGCUCAAUCACUUCGAGGACGACCAACUAACUAAAUUUAAUAUACGAAGAACAACAAGAGAAAUUCCAAUAAAUACUUUUUAGUUUCAAAGUUUUAUUUCUGAUGAUCCUAACAACAUGAUGGGUCCAUUGCCGUUAACGUGUGCUACAUGUGGCAAAGAGUUCAAAAAAGUUUCGCGUCUGCAAGUGCAUGUUCGAAUUCACACUCAGGAGGUGAGGCAGUUGAUACUUGAUAGCAGCGAAAAUUUCGAUUAUCUACGAGUCAAAGCUUUUGAUUAUAAUUUUGUAGUUAGAACAUAUAUGCUAUAUACUUAUGUUUAUUGUUUUCCCUCCGUGUAUCUCUGUUUAAAUGUUUAGAAUUUUUAUUUUCAAUAUUUUUUUAUUCAAUAUUUGCUAAUUUGCGCGCCCAAUGACGUCGAAGAACGUUGAUGUGACGUCCAGUCAGGCUACCAAUUUUAAUGGUAACCGGUCGUUUCGCCAACGAGUCGUUUCGCCAACUGUUAGUUCGCCAACGUCUCGGGUCGAUUCGCCAACGUUUCCUCACGUUCUUAUGUCAGUUCGCCAACGCAACGUUUAAUCAUGGAUUGUAAAAUAAACAAUCCAUGGUUUACAAUUAUUUUACAAUCCAUGGUCAUUUAAUAGUUCAUGUCUUUAUAAUGUGAAACCAUGAAACACAAACAAUGUUUGUAGAAAAUAUGUUGGAACGUUGGCGAUCAAAAGCAUCACUAGCUGUGUCUAACCUUGGUUAUUGUUCUAUGCUCUAUUGUGGAAUUUUGUUAGUGCAGAGUAUAGUUAAUCUUCAUAUUGUUGUUUGAAAACUCUUCAGUUCUGUUACUUGAAUGGUAUAUCAUAUGCAUAAAAACUUUCACAUUUCGUGAGUUUAAGGCCCUACGAAAAAUUACUUGUUUAGCGUCCGCUGAUUAAACCUGUUUUACACCGUCUAAAAAUAAAUAUCGGGAGAAUUCGCUAUUUCGGUUAUUCUUUACAAACAUUAAUAGAUUUAUAUAUCCAUGUAUGAACUAUGUAACGUUGGCGAACUGACAUAAGAACGUGAGGAAACGUUGGCGAAUCGACCCGAGACGUUGGCGAACUGACAGUUGGCGAAACGACUCGUUGGCGAAACGACCGCAAUUCAUUUUAAUACACGAUUUUUCAAUCUGGGUUGAAAGAUCUCAUCGUGCUGCUUUUUUGUUGCAUUUACCUGGGUUUGACUGCAACACUCAGCAUUUGUCUUCAAUCCGGGUCAGCUUGAACCAAGUUACCUGAGUUGGCUAUGCAUGCCUCGAUUGAUUUUAUUUAAAUGUGACAUCCAGACUGGAAAGUUUGGAAAUUGCGCACCAGAGAUUUCGAAAAUUUAAUAGUAAAUACAUAGAAAGCAUCAAAAUUGCGCGCCGGAGAUAUCCGCCGCGCGAUACAAACUUUCCACACUGGUAUGACAUUUGGUUAAAUCCCAGCGUUGCCAUCGGAAUCUCGAAAAUGAGGCUUUGUAGCCAAGGUGACAACUUUUCUUGUCAAAAAUCAUGAAGUUUGAUAAAAAAUGCAGUCUGGUCUUUCAUUACUUGCUAUUGAGCACCAACACUUUACCCUUGACGAAGGCAUUAUACAGAGUAAAAAUUAAAUAUUGUAAAUAUCUAAAACUUAAAUUUAAUUCUUAUUUACAUCAUUCUGUUUUUUCCAUUUUCUUCAGAAACCUUACAAGUGUUUUCAUUGUGAUAAGGCAUUUAACACAAAAGAUGAAGCAAAAAAGCACAUGAUUGCCCAUUCCAAUAAUACUAUUACAUGUAUCAGGUAAGUAAACAGUAAAUGAAGAAAUAACUUAAACCAACUGGAAAAUACACAACCAAACAACCCCAUUAAAAUAGGUCUAUAGCUUCCCCUGUAGGCAGACAAACCGAGAGAAAAAAUGGAUGCUUCUGAUGAGCAAGGUUUAGAAAAACUAGUGUAUUUCCAGCCUAUAUAAUAACAAAAUGUUGUGGUGAGCACAUUUAUUUCAAGUCCUUUAUUUUUUAGUUGUCCUGCAGAAGGGUGUCCAAAGAAGUUCAAACUUGAGAGAACAUGGAAACGACACUUUGAGAGCGCACACACCUUACACAAGGUAGUUUAUAUUAUGGAAAUUUGUGGGGAAAUGUAUUAAAUCCACAUGGGCAGUAAAAAUAGAUUAACCAUUUUGUUGGGAAUUUCACAAUGACUUUUAACAACCCGGCAAACAAAACGAGAGAGAAACACCCUUUUAAUUUAAAGUGUAAAAUAGUUUUUAAUAAUUGAAUCAAUCCGCGGGGGCAAUCCAUCUUUUGGCACAUCGUACUUGUCAAGUAAAAUAACCUUUUAUAUCAAGCUCAGAUAUUUUGUCAAGUUGUACCAAUUUUUAUAUCAAGUUUGCUUUUUUAUAUGCUUCUGAUCAACUAACGCCUAGUGUCCCUGGACGGUAAAAUUGGCGCGAUGUUGCAAGUUAUUAAUUUUUUCUAAGUUCGCCUCCUGCAAAAUGGCGCAGAGUGGAGUUUUAAGAAAUAGAUUUACAAUUCCAAACCUUAACGACGUUUUCAAAAUUUCCUUCGUGUCAUGUACAGUACUGCCAAGAAAUAACUUAUCAAAAACCGCGUCCAAGACGCGGGUAUCUUGCGUCCACUGUGCGUCCACGGGCACCCGCGGGUGCGUCCGUCCUGCGGGCGUCAUGCGUCCGUCGUGCGUCCACUGUGCGUCUGCGGGCGCUUGCGGGUGCGUCCACUGUGCGGGCGCCAUGCGUCCGCUUUGCGUCUGCGGGCGAGGACGCAGCUGAGAAAGAGUUCUACUCGUAGAUCGUCGGAAAUUAUCGCUUUUCAUAAACAAACCGUGGGCGUCGGAAAAUAUUCAUGUUAGCGAUUUCACACCACGUUUUUAUGCUUAUACACCAGCGUUACAAACGUAGAAUCCUAGAUAUUUAUAUUUCUAAUAUUAAACUUACCGUGAAAUUUCAGAAUUUGUGCUUCGUAAAGUUCCUUUUCGUAUUUGAUCUCUACUUUCGCACCUUCGUAUAACGUUUGGUUUAAACCCAGUAAUCUUUUAACGUUUCCGGUUGGCAAAAUGCACGUAUGGUUUUAUAUUUUCUUCGAAGAAACCCAAAAUACGUUUUGGUUGACAAGUAAGCGAUCGAUAUCUCAUUUUAUUAGUCUGAUACUAGUGAUAGUAAUACGGAUCGAGUGAUAUUAGUCUGAGCUCUUCACUUCAGCUUUAGCGAAUUAUACUGCAACUUUGAAAAUCAAGCGAUGAGUCACGUCAUUGAACCGUGUUGAAACACAAAGACUGUUUCCUGGACAUGUAAAGGUAUUCCAUUAAGGGAUUAAGAGAAGUCAUUUAUCCAGAAAUUAUAUGGUAAUUAUCAAUUUAUAUGACAUAUCACCAUGUGCAUUUACUGUUUUGGAAAAACAACACAAACUUGUUGCUGUAAAUAAAAUUAUAUAGUGGCUCGUAGUAAUGGUAUUUUAUAUGAAAAAUCAAAAACACUAUAUAUAUUGUAAAUGAGCAUCUUCGUUUUAAUAUACUGACGAGUUACGGAGACAUAACAUUAUUCAAAUACAGAAUUGCAUAUAAACUAAUCGGCAAUCUUCUACGAGGUAAGUCAGAAUUUGAGUAGCAAAUGAAUGUGUUGCGAGAUAUAUACUCGUUGUAGUUGUGAUCUUACUGAGUUUAGUAUAUGUGUCUACAUUAUAUUUAUAUAUUGUUUAUGUCUAUUUUACGCUCCAAUAUACAGUCAUAUACGCUUCAAUCUCGACUCAAGUAUGUGUGAUUGCAUUGUGAAAGCACUACGCUUACUGUAGUAUAACGUAUAACAUUAUAAAAUGGUUAUACUAAGUGUAACGCUUAGGUUAAAUGAAACUCGAUUUCGGAUUCAACUUUUUAUUCUUUGCUUCUCCGAUCAAUGACACUGAUCUGUAUUCUCACGACAAACUACGAGUAUGAUGCAAAUAUUAGUUCGUUUUUCCGAUUAUGUUACGACGACUGCGUCCAAGCGGACGCAGUUUUUAACUAGAGGCCGGACGCGGGCGCUUUGGAGGCAGGACGCGGGCAGAGCAGACGCAAGACGCGGGCGUCGUGGAGGCCGGACGCGGGCGCUCUGGAGGCAGGACGCGGGCAGAGUGGACGCAAGACGCGGGCGCUCUGGAGGCAGGACGCGGGCAGACGCGGGGACAAGUUAUUUCUUGGCAGUACUGUAUAUACAUUGCCCCACGUUCGAGCAACACAGACUUGGAUAGUAUACAAAUAAUGAAAUGUUUAUGAGUGCAAUCGUAAAAAAUAUUUUCAUGAGGUGAAAGAUGGAAUUUUCCAUUCUACCAGGUGACAGCCGAGCGUGCAAUGAUACACGUACCAAACACGUAGCAUGGUAGCAAAAUGGGAAUUUUAAUUCCAUAUCAUGUGAUCAUAAUCAGCCAAUUAAAUGGCCAGAAUUUAAUGGCGUUAUAUAAUGUUGAUAUCUUUUGUGAUGUUCGGAUGAGUUCGUGAGCAUCUAGUAUAGUAAACAUUAGGGUUGGGCGAUAUUAAAAAAAUCAUCUCACGAUUAUUGUCAAGGAAAUUAUCACGAUAUUCGAUAAUAUCGCGAUAAAUGCAACAAAAACAAUGACCCCUUUUUUUCAAUUUUAAUUAGUAUCAAAGCAUAGUAAGCUUAUAGAUAAGGUAAUAUGAAGGCUUUUUUUAGUCUAUUAAUAUUGACUGUUCAUAAACCAUAACUGUCCAUGCAGUGUCUACUGUGUCUCCGCUGGCACAAAUGCCGUGGGCACACAGCGCAGGCAAUUAGCAGAUUAAUAUAUAAAUAUCAGUUAGCUUUUGUAUCGUAUUAAAUUCGUAUAAAAUAGUUUGAAUUCUUUUAAAAACUAUAUUUCCAGGAAUUGAAUGAUUUUUUUACGAUUUUAUAACAGCUAUAUGCACAUGCGAAUCAUUGAGCAUGACGAUAAUUUCGAUAUAUUGUCCCUCAAGUUUCUACCUUCGAUACGAUAAUUGCGAUUGAAAAUAUCGCGAUAAAUCAAAAUAUCGAAAUAUCGACCAACCCUAGUAAACAUCAUGAACACACAUCACCAUUACCACAAUGUUUUGAACAGUUAAUGCAAAUUGUCCGUAAUACAGGUUGUGGGCCUAUGAUGCAAAAUGCGCACAAAGGAAAUUUUAAAAACGUCGUUAAGGUUUGGAGAUUGGAAUGUAAAAUCUAUUUCUUAAAAGUCCACUCUGUGCCAUUGUGCAGGAGGGAAAUUUAGGAAAACAAGUAAUAAAACAACAUCGUGCCAAUUGUUCCAUAUUUGACAGAAAAAUAUUGUUUGUCAAAAAAUAAAUAAUGUAUAAAAAAGUGGUGCACUUACAAAAUAUUUGAUAUAAAAAUUCGUUUUCUCAAUGACAUAGCUAAUGUUUAACUUGAUAUAAAAAAUUGUGUAACUUGACAAUUUUUCACCUUCGGAAAAGUAUAUUUCAGAGGAUGUAAUUCCUUAUGACCAUCUUCCCAAAGUUGAAGCACAUAAUUUAGGAAACGACCACCUGUGAAAUAAGAACAUAAGACGUUGCGAGUGAAUAGCUCGAACCGCUGCAUGAGCCAGCGGGAGAAUGAAAACGACGAGAUGACUAGAAAACGCAUAAUCUAUUCGAAACUGACAAAAUGCAUACAUUAUAAUACGCUGCGAUACCAUUACCAAGAGCACUAUUGACUGAGAGCCCUAUACUGUUAUUAUAAAAUAAAUCUAAAACAAUCAUCCAGGGAUUAGCACGGACAACCUGCACAUAUUAGUUCUUACAGUAUUUUUUCUUUUCGUCUUAGUGUACAUUUGAUGGAUGUGAAUUGGCAUUCAACAAGAAAAAUAAGUUGAAAAAGCACUUAGAAACUCAUAAUGAUGGCAGAUACCUAAAGUAUGACAUCCUCCUAUUAAAUAUUUUUCAAUCUGAAUAAUUCAGAAGCAAGUUUUCCUAAACUUUAUUCACGCUUCUUGUAUUUUUUGUUGAAGGUGCACUUAUGACGGAUGCACAUCAACGUUUUUGAGAAAAAGACAUUGGUUACGUCAUAUAAGUAAUCAUGAAAAAGGUACACAUACUAUAGUAUUAUAAAUAAUUUGGGGAAUAGGCGAGCACGCGAGCACUGCUCGCAGGAAAUGUUAAACAGCUGCUGCAGAAAAUUCGUUUGAAUGCAGAUUUACUAUUGAUAAUUUGAAGGAAACCUUAACACCCAUGUCCCACCAUGGGCGCAACAACAUAUGGUUGAAUUGACAGACAUUAUUCCUUGAAUUUAAGGCCAUACAUGGUCAGCUAGAUCUAGCACAAAAAUACUCUGUUGGUCUGCAGGAAAUUUUUGUCUCCAGGUUGUGCUCCAAGGAAGAAAAUUCUUUUUUCCUUCUCUGUGUAAGAUAUGUAAUAUCAAUGGUGUCAUCCAUACUUUCAUUCUGAUACCUCAUGUAUGUAUACAUCUCUUAAUGAUCCAACUGCUUUUUAUUUGUAUGUCAUGCAUUCUCAAACGGCACAUUGUUUCUUCGGCUUUUCCUCCAAAGUUUUCUGAUAGUGAAACAGGGUCUUAGCUAGGAUUUUCGAUUUUUGGAGUGUUUCUUAAUUUCUAGGUAGUGUACCUGCCAAUUUCCGAGAAUAGCCCUAAGCUGGGCUAAGCACCACUUUUGAUUUAGGCUUAUAUCUAAACAUAAAAACAUAUUUGAGUAGCAACACUCUACAACUAUUAUGUAAAUAAUCAAGCCCCGGGUGUGAUGUUCUGGUACUUCUUUGCUUUCAACCAAGUACCACGAAAGUACACGGAACUCUUGCUAUCUGCGUACUUACUUUUUGCUUGUACCUUAUGACGUUUCCAAGCCCAAGGUAUUCAAAACUCUGGUAAACAAACCAAUGUCAUUUUCAUGGACAUAUCAAAGGCAUUCGACAAGGUCAAUCACGCUGCUCUUAUUAACAGAAACUAACUCAGAAACUACAAUAUUAGUGGAUCUCUUCUCGAUUGGUUUUCCUCCUAUCUGUACGACGGGUAACAGCGCGUUACUACUCUCCGAUCCUUUUCCUCCUUUAUGUCAAUGACCUGCCUGACGUUGUUAAGAAUUCUACAACUGCAUGUUUUGCUGACGAUACAACGAGCGGAACGAAUCCAAAGAAGAGCCACCACGUUUUUGUUGAACCUUCCAUAUUUAUGCAACGAGGCUUACCGUGAAAGGCUUCUCAAGUUAUAUCUAAUGCCAAUAUCGUAUUGGCAUGAAUACAUGGACCUUGUGUUCUUUUUUAAAGCUACCAACAACCUUCUAAAUUUUCCAGAAGAAUGAAGAUGUUCUUCCUCAACAGUUAGUUCCAACGAGAGUAACGAGAUCAUCCGGUUCUAAAGGCAUAACGUUUCUCUAAUAGAUCUCUGGACUUACACGUCGAACGUUUUGCCAAGUACAGUAAAUAAACAUGGUGUUUUCCAGAAUACAAAAAGUUAUAUUAAUUAGCAUGUAAACUACAGUUUAAAGAACUUACGAUAUUGUUUUUGUUUCUAGAGUUCAACUGCACGAUUUUAGGCUGUGAGGUGGUUGUCAAAUCGUGGUCGGAAUUUAGAAAACAUCUUAAAACACAUAAAAGUAAGUGUAACCAAUGGCAAUAUCUUGUCAAGUAUCCCGUAGUUUAUUAGUUGUUUAAGGUAGUAGAUGCAUUACGUUAAACCAUUUUUUGUAUCCAGUAACAGAUUUGUACAAUAUUUGAACUUUUAUGCAAUAUUGACAUUAACACCUUCAGUACGGUAAAACUUUCGGAAAAUUGAUAAUAAAUAUUAUUCAUCAUAAAAUACAUGUUAUGCACUAGAUAAAACAUGAGCAGCCGAUCUGUAUCUGAUAUACAAACUCGAGCCGAAGGUGAGAGUUUGUAUAUCAGAUACAGAUCGGAUGCGAAUGUUUUAUCGUACUUAAAAAAUGACCCAUCUUACGAGUUCAUUGGCGAAGUAAUUUUAAAAAUAAACAUUGUCUAAGCCGAGAAAAUCAAAGCUGAAGUUUAUGUAAAUCAGGACAAAUCUUUAUCCGAUUUACAAACAUUGAUUAAACAUUCAUUUCUUUUGAAUUUUCCUCGUGAAUUAUUAAUGAUUUUUUAAGUGUGAUUUAAGUCCCGAUAUCGUCAAAACUAUAUAGCGACAAAAUUAGCCUUGGUAACAUUUCAGGAUACAAGCUCUUUAGCUGUUCGAGUUGUACGUUAUACUAAGAUCCCGUUUACACGGUACCGGACGAAUUUAGGACCGGUCUGAAAUUCGUCCCUUUCGGCCGUGUAAACACACGAGAACUACGGAACUGGACGAAUUUGAGACCCCUACAGGACGAAUUCGCGUGUAAACAGGCGAAAAAGGACGAGUUUCAGACCGGGCCCAAAUUCGUCCGGUACUGUGUAAACGGGGUCUAAAUCACUCACCCGUGUACAGUAUUUGUGGGAAUCCAAACGGAAUUUAGUAAUGUAAGCAUGUUGUAUCUUUUGUUUUCUUUAGAAAUACAUUGUAAAGAAUGUGACGUUGUCUGCCCUCACGAAACUGCGGUAAUUCAAUAUUCUGUUUCAAACUGUUUGUAAAGAGUAUAUCACUGUACUUGGGGCAUUGCAGGAUCAAACUACUUAAGUUCUUGCAGGGGUGCAUAUUGUUACCAUUUGCUCUUCCUCCGGGUGUGUGGAGAAAGAGUCAGGGAUUUGGGGAAGAGAGUGACCCUGAAAGAGGAAAAAGCAGGGAAGAGGGAGAGAAAAGUAACGGAAAUUGAUGGAAAUAUGAUUUUCAAUAAAAAGUUGGAUUUUUCUUUCAACUAUACAAUUUUUGUUCUGUUUAGGGACCGGUCAUAAAGUAACUGCUAGGGUGGGCUGGAGUGAUUUGGGAUGGGCCAUGGAAACUCCUUGGGCAGUUUCGAUUAGUACUAAAAGUAAACAAAACUGUCCAAAUUAUCAAAUGCAAAUGAUGCUAUAUCGAAGCCCGUACUUUGUUUUAUACAGUACAACAACAACAACAACAACAACAACAACAACAACAACAACAACAACAACAACAAGUGGUCGAAUCACAGCAAAUACAACCAACUGGAGAGCAGCUCAGUAUCGUAAUUGGUGAUGAAUGUGUUGGUCAAGCUUGGUGGAAUUAUGUAUGUCAAUACAGUGCCGGUGUAUAUUUACAAUGUUCAUACCUGCAAGUUUUUUUAUUAUAAAAGUGUAUUUUCCCAAUUUAGAUCGGGUGGGAUGGGUCAUGAAAUAAAUUUGGUAAGAUUAGAUGGGCUUUGAAAUUUUUAUCUACAUCCUAAGAUGGGUCACGAAAAUUAUUGGCAAAAUUUGUGAUUUACCUUCAGCCCACCCUAGCAGUUAUUUUAUGACCAGUCCCUUACAAGAUUUCACUCUCGACCUCCAGAAUUCAAUAUUUUUCUCCCAAGUUGUGCAGGAACCAAUAGCAUGAUGAAAUUAUUGGCGUCAGCCUCACCACUGGUCAAAUGGACUUUAAAACCCAAGUAUUCGCUACUCCUGAUCAGUCUUCAGUUAUCAUUUUUUUCCUGAUCGCUCCAGGAUAGGGAAAGAAAAUUACCCUUCCAGAAUUGUAAGAGGGGAAAAGUAACCCCACUGGUGUUUAUAUACACCCAUGCGUUCCUGUUAUAUGUUACACUGGAACCUCAAAUUCGGCCUAACAGCUCGCGUUGUGUAAACGAACUCUAAGGCUAUGUUUACAUUGUAUCGGAUCGGUUUUUGCUUCGUUCACGAAACGUUACGGCCCAAGUGUAAACAGCUUCCGCCCUCGCCCAUCUAAAUACAAAAAUAUUAUAAGUGAGCAAGCUAUACCCGCAAAUAAGAUUAGAAUAGCAAGUUUUUGUUUCCCAGAUGCCAUCUUGAGUCACGCGUUGAACUGAAAAUUGCUCCGAUUUGUGUUUACGUUACAAUGAGAGCGUUGCAAAAACCGAUCCGAUACACCGCGCACCACUUCGAAGAGCGAACCGCCGCACCACCGGUCCGUUGCAGAAAUUGAGACGAUAACAACAUUUCAUAUGUAAACAGAAGCCCUAUCCGGUAUGGUUUUUGCGUCGGACGCAAAGUGAUCCGAUACAAUGUAAACAUAGCCUAAACUAAGCUUCCAUUGUCUAUACUUUGUACCCAGGCUCCUUGGUUGGCUGCGUGGGCAGCGGGCGUAAGACACGUGACUGCGCUACUCGGAAUUCCGUGGUUGGCGCCGAAUUUUGCGGGUUUUUUCUUGUGGCAAACAGUGUAUAAGCGCCCUGGUUGCAGCAUGCAAACCAAAGCUCUUGGGCACAAGGCAGACAAGUGAUGCCACAGCACCUCGUUUUGUUUAUUCUACUAAACUUAGUUAUAUACUUAAAUAACAGUUGUAUCUUUUAUGAUUUUAGUUUAAAAAUCAUUGUAAAGAUGCACAUCAUUCACCCAAACCAACGAUUUAUUGUCCUUAUGAAGGCUGUUCUAAAACAUAUAGCAGGGUAAGUGUCUGUUUAUAUCAAAACACGAGUGAUAGAACUCAUGAACUUAAACGAACGCUAAGUGUAUAUUAGAGUUGCACCACCUGCAUAAUAACCUCGUUUAAGCCACGGAUUGUGCCACACCACCAUAACACCAACAACAACAACAACAACAACUAAAACAAUUCUAAAAACGACAAUAAUAACAACAUAAACAUUGUCAGUAACAAUAACUCAUGCUUCAGCAAAAACUACAUGUACAUUCAAAAUUUGACGUAGAUAUCCUUUCCAAGAAUUUGAUUGGUGAGCCAGAUGAUAUCAUGCAUGUUCAGAAAAGUAUAUUUUAUAAAUUGAAUGAAAUUUAUUUGAUUAGUGAACGAAUAAAUCUGUGAAAUAGUAUAUACAGCAAUGAGCGGUCAUGUUGUCUCGAUGAAACUUUCGUAUUCUUCGGUAAUCCUAAAUACGUGAAUAAAAAAAAAAUAAAAAACAUGAAGGAUAUUAGGUGAGAAAAAUAAAAAAGUGUGAAUCUGAAACACAUCUUGCAUCACUAGUAAUGAUGAAAAUCCGCGCUCACAGAUCGAAUGCUUUGCAAUUAUAAUUCGACAAACGUAAACAAAUUUUAAAUAUAACCUGGACAAUUGCUUAAAGUAGUUCUCCAAGAAAUGGUAUUUGUUAUUCUCUAGGGGUCAAAUCUCAACCAACACAUUCGUACUUGUCAUAACGGUCGGACAUUUGAUUGUCAAGUGGAAGGAUGUGGCAAAACGUUUCGUCACAAUGUAAAGUAUUCCCUUACAUUCAUUCAUGCUUCAUCUUAUUUAAACUUUAGCUCAUUAAUUCUUAAAAUUAACACGGUGUAUAGUUUACAGACUAUGAAUAUUGUGUAUCUUUUACAAAUAUUUUCGACAUUAAUAUCGUGUAUAUUUUACAGUCAAGUUUGAAAGAGCACAUGGCUUCACACGAGGUAAAAUAUAUUCUUUUUAUUUACUUCAUAAGAUGAACUCUUCUUAUCAACUUUUGGUUGCUUUCAAUUUACUAUCAUCAAUUUUUCGGUUGCCGAAAACGUACGAUCGACAAUCUAUUGGUGCAUUCACUCUAAAAAUAUACGAAAUUACACCGCCUUCUGUAAAGUACGUCAUCUCGGCUAUAUAGAGUCUCGUUUUCGUGAUUGAGACGUUGGGCUUUCGGUAUUGAGUUGGCCUGAUAGGUUGUAAUUACAUUAUGUAAAUUGGGUUUGGAACACUCACUUGCAGAUGCAUGUGACUUGAUGAAGGUUACUUGCUGACAUAUACUGUCGUCUUACAAAUGACGUACUUUUUUAUCUUAAACUUCAUCUCAAUUGGUAUGUUUUAAACGCAGCGAAAUAACAAAGCACGGCUUAGCGCUACCUGCACGAGCAUGGACAAAGCUCAGGUUAGUCCUACAGUACAUGACCUCCAAGGAAACGGAAACUGGCUAAGAACUUACAGAAUUCAUACACGUAUCUUCUGAUGUUUCACUCCUAUUUUAUAGCUUUGUCCAUAGGCAUUUUCAGCAUUAAACUUCUGUUCUGUUCUGUUCUUAAACCAGAUGUUGCAGAUAAUGUUGUGUGCUUUCAUGUAAUUUAAAAUUGAAUCAGUUGUUUUAAGAUAGAUCAGAGGUGUAACCUAACACUUGCCCGGGGCAAGUGGAUAUCAUGACGGGCAAGUAAACGUUUUAUCUUGCUUGCCCGAUUGGGCAAGUUGCCUUGCCACAAAAAGCUGGGCAUCUUUAAGUUUAUGUUUUCAUUGUCGGAUAAAUUUUUUAUAGUACAUGUACUUGAUUCAAAUUUUGUUUUUUUGUGGGCCAAAGCUAGAUCUGAGGCAGUAUAUAACAUAGCCAUAUAGAGCAUUGGGAGAACGGGUCCACAUGUUGUCCCCUUAAUUUAUACCCCCUACCUAGGCACCCCAGUGGCCAUGGUCUGAUUGGCAAGUGAAUUUUAUUCGGGGCAACUAAUUUUCAUGUCCAACUUGCCCUGAGGGCAAGUGGUCAAAAAAGUAAAAUUACACCACUGUGGAUAUUGUACUGUAGAUUGGUGAUGGCUUUCUUUUACCCGAGAUGAAAGUACGAAUCGGAAUGUGUAUAAUUUGUUUAGUUAUCGUCUUUCUUUAUACAGGCUGGAACUAAGAAGACCAAGAGAAAACGUAAAAGAAAAUCUUUAGCUGCAAAACUUGCGAGAUAUAACGGUGAGCUUUGUGAUCUUCCUGUAACCUAUGUGGACCCAAAUGACGAUAACGCCUCAGUUUCUGAUGAAAUACCUAGUCAAGAAUGUUAUUAUGUUUCUAUGGAUUCUUUAUCUCAUAAAGGAGACAAAGAGGAAGGAAAGUCCGUUGAAGAUAAAUCGUCAUGUCCAAAACGUGUACCAAAAACUUUAACAGAACGACUACAGAUGAUUAUAAAGGACAGCCAAUACCAUGUUAACGAGUCAUGUUCCACUGAAAGUAAUUCGGAGAGCAAUUUAUCAAAAGAACAUACACAGGUUUUAGAAUGUUCUGCGUCUUCUUGAAUUUGUAACCAAGGUUGUGAAAAUUUUGUUUCCUGCGAACAUAUUUUCCCGGUAUGAACAUAGCGAUUAGAAAAAAAUGGAGAGGGGGAUUGCGGGAUAAAUAAAUCGAUAUUUAGAAUAAACUUGCGACCAAGUGGCCUAUUGCGACCAAGUGACGCAGCGGCCUUUACAGUUACACUAGUUUUGCAUCAAUUCCACAUUUUCAACACCAAAUUAAAAACAAAUUAGAUCACAUAUGAAUAUUUUUCACCUAUAUAAGCAUGCCGUAUAAGCUUUUUGUUACUAGAAGAUUCAAUUACAGUACAUCCGGGAUAAGAAAAAUUUGGUUCCCAGGCUCCAUUAGCAAACUUUUUCCUUAAUUUAUUCCGCAACGCCCCCAGAGAGCUCAACCUCGCACCCAGACCUUUUCCUCUGACGCUCCUACCUCAAAGAAAGUGUUUGUGUACCAGGUUGUAUACUCUACAUAGUAUUUAUAGUACCGUAUUCAGUCACUGGUAAGCUUGAUAUGCUCUCAACCUGAAAGUUGCACAAACAAACCAAGUCUUCGUAAGUGUUCCAUAAGAUAAAGACAUUUCCGCUUAUGUAGAUAUUGUACUACGCUUAUAUAUAAAUUAUGUUUCGUUAGACUGUUCCAUGAAUAACUGUUCCAUGAAUAUGUCAUAUUAAGAAUAUAUAUGUCGUGUUACCUGGGGAAUUUGUGUACUAUAUGUAUACACCCUUCCAGAAAGUACGUCACUUUCGCUAUAUAAAUAAUAAAGGCUCAUUUUCGUGUAUAUGACAUUAGUUAAAGCCUAACGUGUCAAUCACGAAAACGCGGCUUGUAUAGCCAAGGUGACGUACUUUCCGGAAGGGUGUAUUGAUUCUCAUACAUCGCGUAAUAAUAAUUCCUGUAAUAAAGUAGUAUAAGAAUUUGUAUCGACCGAAUAUUACUAUUUCAAGCAUUGAAAAAUCGCUCGUGAUGGUACUCGUUGUCCUCAUGCAGCCAGUACUCAUGAAAUAUUGGUAACAUUUAUACGCCGGGAUUUUAGUGCAUUUCACCAUUUGUCAUUUCAAAUUGUAUGAUUUUACAAAUUCGUCAUGUUUACUAUUGUACUGCUGGGUUAAACAUAUAUCUUGUACAGUUUAUUAUACAAACAACAUCAAGUUUCAUCUUGUUUUUAAGGUCUUUUCUUAUUCAUGAUAGAUUUGGAUCGUGUUGAUGGCACUGAAGUUGUAAGAUUCUUGGACGUUUUCAAAGCUCCCUUUCCUUGACGUGUUUGAGCAUUCUGUUUGGCAGACUUUGCACUUCGGUUCGCUGCAACACGAUUCUGUGCUGUUAUUUUCGCUGAAAUAAAUAUAAAUAUGAAAUUGGAUUGUAAUACUAUAUAGUACUAUAGUAUAGUUAGUGUGAAUGUGCCUAUCGUAAUCAGCUACUGUCGGUCAUAAAUUUCAUAACCGCACGAUCUUGGAAAGCUUG